AUGGCUCAGAAAAUCAUCACUAUCGUGAGGGUGACCGGAAAACAGGGCUCCUCCGUCGCCGAAAUUUUUCUCAGAGAGCCAGGCUGGCACGUCCGCGUGCACCUCAUCGCCGGUGACCUCAACGACGCCUCCUCACUAACCAACGCCUUCGCCGGCUCAACCAUUAUCUUUGGCGUCACCGACUUCUGGGGUAACCUCAACGACCCCUCCGUCCAAGCCGCAACUCAGAAAUCCGGUCGUCUCAUCAACGUCGAAGGCUAUGACGUCGAAGUCCAGCAAGGUCGUAACAUUGUGGAAGCCGCGAACGCGACGGUAGAUACGUUGGAGCGAUUCGUGCUGUCGAUGUUGAGUCCGACGAGGAAGUUGAGUGGGGGGAGGUGUACGCAUAAUUAUCAUUUUGAUGCGAAGUGGGAGGCGGUGGAGUAUUUGAGGGAGAGGUAUCCGGAGUUGGAGAGGAAGACUUCGUUGUUGCAGGUUGGGCUGUAUAUGACGAAUUGGAAUUCUAGUCCACUGAGUAUGCCUGCUAAGGUGAGUUAA